AGGAGUACGGGAGGCCCCGGAUGUUCGUUGGGGAUUCAACAUGGCGGCGGCAGUGGCCGCGGCGGCGGCGGCGCGAGACAGCUGAAGGCGGUGCGCGAGCGCAGAGUUCCGGCCCGAGUAGCUAGGCCGCGAGCGACCGCGGCGCCAAGCCGAUGAGUAACUCAAAGCCCCAGGAGGAGACGUCACCCACGCGAGGGUGUUUCUAGCCCAGCCAACUUGAGACCAGGUGCCUGUGAGAGCCCCCGCCAGCCACCGCUCACACACUUCCUGUGCUCAGGCCCUGGAACCAUGUUUGGAAAGAAGAAGAAGCGGGUGGAGAUCUCAGCCCCAUCCAACUUUGAGCAUCGCGUGCACACAGGCUUCGACCAGCAUGAGCAGAAGUUCACAGGGCUGCCCCGCCAGUGGCAGAGCCUGAUUGAAGAGUCAGCACGCCGACCCAAGCCCCUUAUCGACCCCGCCUGCAUCACCUCCAUCCAGCCUGGAGCCCCCAAGACCAUCGUGCGGGGCAGCAAAGGUGCCAAGGAUGGGGCCCUCACACUGCUGCUUGACGAGUUUGAGAACAUGUCGGUGACGCGCUCCAACUCCCUGCGCAGAGACAGCCCCCCGCCGCCACCUGCCCGUGCCCACCAGGAGAAUGGAAUGCUGGAGGAGCGGGCAGCCCCGGCCAGAAUGGCCCCUGACAAGGCUGGAGGCAGAGGCCGGGCUGCAGGCCACAGCGAGGCAGGCAGUGGUGACAGACGGCGGCUGGGGCCAGAGAAGAGGCCCAAGUCCUCGAGGGAGGGCCCAGGAGGGCCCCAGGAGGCCUCCCGAGAUAAGCGCCCCCUCUCUGGGCCUGAUGUUAGCACCCCCCAGCCUGCCAGUCUGGCCAGCGGGGCAAAACUAGCAGCUGGCAGGCCCUUUAACACAUACCCGCGGGCUGACACGGACCACCCACCCCGGGGUGCCCAGGGGGAGCCACACAGUGCGGCCCCUAAUGGGCCAUCAGCCACAGGCAUGGCUGCCCCUCAGUCUUCAUCCUCCUCCCGGCCUCCCACCCGAACCCGUGGUGCUCCCAGCCCAGGAGUGCUGGGCCCCCAUGCCUCUGAGCCCCAACUGGCCCCCCCAGCACGUGCUCUUGCUGCCCCUGCUGCACCCCCUGCCCCUGGGCCCCCUGGGCCUCGCUCACCACAGCGGGAGCCCCAACGAGUGUCCCAUGAGCAGUUCCGGGCUGCUCUGCAGCUGGUAGUGGACCCGGGGGACCCACGUUCCUAUCUAGAUAACUUCAUCAAGAUCGGCGAGGGCUCUACGGGUAUCGUGUGCAUAGCCACCGUGCGCAGCUCCGGCAAACUGGUGGCCGUCAAGAAGAUGGACCUGCGCAAGCAGCAAAGACGUGAACUGCUCUUUAAUGAGGUGGUGAUCAUGAGGGACUACCGGCAUGAGAACGUGGUGGAGAUGUACAACAGCUACCUGGUGGGUGACGAGCUCUGGGUGGUCAUGGAGUUCUUGGAGGGAGGCGCUCUCACGGAUAUCGUCACCCACACCAGGAUGAACGAGGAACAGAUUGCCGCUGUGUGCCUGGCUGUGCUGCAGGCGCUGUCUGUGCUCCACGCCCAGGGCGUCAUCCACCGAGACAUCAAGAGUGACUCCAUCUUGCUGACCCACGAUGGCCGGGUGAAGCUGUCCGACUUCGGGUUCUGCGCCCAGGUGAGCAAGGAGGUGCCGAGGAGGAAGUCCCUGGUGGGCACACCCUACUGGAUGGCCCCAGAGCUGAUCUCCCGCCUUCCCUACGGGCCAGAGGUAGACAUCUGGUCACUGGGGGUGAUGGUGAUCGAGAUGGUGGAUGGGGAGCCCCCCUACUUCAACGAGCCACCCCUCAAAGCCAUGAAGAUGAUCCGGGACAACCUGCCACCCCGACUGAAGAACCUGCACAAGGCAUCGCCAUCUCUGAAAGGCUUCCUGGACCGCCUGCUGGUGCGUGACCCAGCCCAGCGGGCUACUGCUGCUGAGCUGCUGAAGCACCCUUUCCUCACCAAGGCGGGGCCACCAGCCAGCAUUGUACCCCUCAUGCGCCAGCACCGAACCAGAUGAGCCGGAGCCUGGUCCCCAACCAAAGAGCCCUGGGCCACCCUGCCCAGCAGAGGCCAGUAGGGGCCGACGCGCUCCUGCAGCCCAUGAGACACCGUGGGGAGCCACCAUCACUGUGCUGGGGGUUUCGUGGGACCCAACUACUGAAGUCCGGUUUGGGUUCCAUGACUGUUAAAGCAACACCAGGACAUGUGGGAGCAAGUGAGGCUCCCUGGUCCCUCACCCUCCAGGACAGGCCCCUCCCCUGUGCUCAGUCCACAGGGGAGCAGGCGGCAGCCCCGUCACUGGAAAUCUGCAUCAGGGGCCACUGGGGACAGAGACGACGCUGUGAGGAAGGUGUGUGUGUGUGUGUGUGUGUGUGUGCGCGCCCAGAAAGUCCAGCUCCUCUGUCCUCAGUCUGCAAGGGGGAUCUCAGGCCUUGCCUGGUGCCCAGCCCCUGACCCUGAGCCAUUGAAGGGUCAAUCAUGAAUGUUUGAAGAGUGGCCUUUUCCCAGAGCCCCACACCCUCUUUCCACAGGAGAGUCAGGUUGGGGCCUCCCCUCCCCCAACCUCUGCAGCUAAUGACUACUGCACCUGGACAGCCUCCGUUUUCUAGAAGUCUAUUUAUAUUGUCAUUUUAUAACACUAACUGUGUCUUAACCUGGGCACAGAUGAUCCCUGACCUGUGGGGUGGCCUGGGGACAGAGCCACUUUUGAAGAAUCAGGCUCCUGUCCCCCAUCCCACUGCCCCUCCCUCCCAAUUAGUUUUACAAUUAAAACAUUUUCUUGUUUUGUGGUA